AUGGCACGUGAUGAAGGCAAUGAGCCUGAUGAAAUCAGAACGAAAAUUAUAAGAGAUGCUAAGUUCCAAGCAGACACAGAGUUAAAGGAUUUGGAAUGCCAAACCACUGAAUUAGAAUACAUGUUUCAAAAAAGCACAUAUUGGGCACCGGAUAAAGAUUUCUUUAACUCUGAUGAGAAGGUUUGCUUCUCUACUUGUCUACCUUCCUUGGAAGUACUAAUGGUUGUGUUUGACCAUGUAGCUUCACAUGUGAAAAGGCAAACUCAGUCAAUCAAUAGGUUCCAAGAGUUUAUUAUUGUACUCAUGAAACUUAGGCUUAAUGUACCAUUACAGGAUCUUGCCUACUGUUUUGUUGUAUUGAUUUCAACUAUUUCAAGAAUAUUUUUCCAUUUGAUUGUGGUAAUGGACAAGAGACUGUUUCCCUUUGUUUACUGGCCAGACAGGUAUCAACUUUGCAAGACAAUGCCCUAG